AUGCAUAAGUUGGCGAACAACGACAGUGACAUAAACUCCGACGACUGCAACGAAACGGCCAAGGAGUGCAUUUACGGGUUCAGCUCUCCGAAGAAGCAGAGGCGUGGUGGCAGCCACGACGAUGCCGACUCGGAUGCAGAUGCGGUUGGUUAUGACGAUGCCAGUUGUGAUACUGGUGCAAAUUGCGAUGACCGUGACGACCGCAACAGUCGAGAGAGGCACGCGGACGAGGCCCCAACGGAUGGGCCAGGCCAGAUGAACAUUUCCGGCCUGCACAAAAAUGAACAGGAUUGCAAACCGGGGGGUGCGAAUGACGCAGAGGAGGAAACGAAUGAUGAAUACACGGAGGAGAGCGACGACGAAGACACCUUCGACGAGGAGGACGCUGCACAGAGUGGAUCGCACAAAGAUGGUGCAAUACCGCACGAGAAUGACCAAUCAUCCAACGCUUCGCAUGAUUCGCAUGAUUCACAUGAUCCGUGCGAUCCGCACGACCCCGGAGAUGAACUCUACGACGCAGAACUGAACGAAAUGAUCGACCAGGAGUACUUCAGAGAGCUCAUCCCAGCCAUCCCCCACGAUACCCUCCAGGCAUACAUCACCUGUUUGAAAAUUUUCGGUUUUGAAAGGGAAGUCCAACUGCACCGAUUAGUUAACCUUCUCGGUGAUUUGAGGGAUCCCAUUUCUGUUAUUCAGGUGCUAGGUCUACCAGGCAUGGGAAAAACAAAAGUUGUGAAAAGUUUUGUGAAGCUGAAGAACGUGCCCUUCGCGUAUGUAAACUGUUUAAUGGCUCUAUACCAAUCUGGUAAGUCUGCAAAGAAUGUGAUUUACCACACAAUUCUAAAGGACCUGAGCAAAAAUCUGUUGCAUGAAUUCGAGGAAUAUAAGAAGUCAAAUGGCUUCACAAAUUAUUCAUACGAUCCGACCAAGUUAGUUCCAAACCAUGUGUCCAACACUGAUGUGUUUUUUAAUGUUCUGCAUAAGCUCUUGUCCUUUCGGCCUGAGGAUGGCAGAGCAGGGGGGGAUGCAUCUCCGGGGAAGAAACGUCGCCAUGGUGCCGGUGCAAACGCAUCAGAUGAACCGAACAAAGGGAUGACAUCCCCAAAGCAGCACCUCCACAAAGACAACCUGUACGACCGAUCAGUUGUCUUCAUCCUCGAUAACGUGCGCUAUUUAGUAAGAACCCACCCAGAUUUAUUCUACGCUUUGACAAGAAUCCACGAAUAUAUUAGAGGCCCUUACAACGACAUGACUAAGGCGAAUAAGACGACGAGGGGGUUAUGCAUCAUCCUGAUAAAUCGAUCCCCACUGCCGGAUGAAAUUUUUGACGGAUUGCCACAACCCCCAACUGUCUGGUUUGAUUCUUACACAGCGGAUAUGUGCAAAAAUAUUCUCUACCGACUUUACAACACCAUGUGCUUCGAAUCGCUGCUCACACACAACGACAAGGAGUUGAAGAUCUACUGUGUAAAGGAAAACAAAACAGAAUUCCUAAUCAGAAGGAAGAACGUCAUCCUAGACAACGAAGUCAUUUGUGACAUCUGGUGCAGAUACGUAGACUACAUCAUUAAUGUGUCGUAUAAAGACUACAAGAGCGAUUUCCAUGAGCUGCUUUUUAUAUGCGCCCAUAUGUGGCCUCUUUUUAUAAAACCCAUCCUAGAGGGCACCUUAGAACCCAUCGUAGAAAAUAUGAACGCUUUGCAGAGAAAUAUAGACACACAUAUCCGAGUGGCUACCUACAACCAUGCUAGCCAUUUUACAUUCGAAUUAAUUGAUUCCGUUUUUUUGAACGAAAAUAAUUUAAAAAACAAAGUUGACUUAUCGUUCUAUUCAAGAGUUCUACUUGUAGGGGCAUAUCUAGCUUCUAGAAAUUUACCCCUAACGGAUAAGCGUUUUUUCAACGCCACUGUGAAGGGAGGUGCCUUUACCCUACCCAAGAAGAGAAAAGGCAGAAGUAAAAAUGAAUCCAUUUUAACCCUAAUCGGUCAGGCGAUUCCAAAAAAUUUCACCUUCAUAAGAUGGGUAUGCAUAACAGACUGCCUUCUCGUUUGCUUCUUCAACGAAAAGCUAACCAUGAACAGUCUUAUCUGCCACCAAAUAAAUACCCUCAUUCAGCUCGGAUUUAUCAGCUUCUGUUCUUCCAACAAUAUGUCCUGCUUGGUCCGUAAUAGCUUGAUGAAUGGAGUGCAGUGGAGUGGCUACUGUGGCAGUGCGUUGCUAAACUCCACCAACAAUUUUUCCUCCCUUGGGAGUAACAUCUUUUCUGAUGGCGCAAACGCAGGAUCGUACGAAUCGUUGGACCCCUACACCAAGCUGGUCAUUCAGGUACCAGAGGACACCAUCCGCAGCAUCGCCAGGGAUCUGAAGAUCCCCCUCGAUGAAUUGAUUCUGUGA